AUGGGUGGCCUAUCAGAUAGAGCAACCAUUAGCCUUGGCCUUGUUUUCCAAAUAUCAACAAUUUCUUUUGUACUUUGGAAAAUAUGCUUGGCACAAGAUGUUCCUGCCAAUUUUGUGUUUGGGGAUUCUCUGGUUGAUGUGGGAAACAACAACUACAUUGUGUCACUCUCCAAGGCCAACUAUGUCCCCAAUGGAAUUGAUUUCGGAAAGCCAACGGGACGAUACACAAAUGGGAGAACAAUUGUUGACAUUAUAGGUCAGCAGCUGGGUUUUAAAGUUUCUCCUCCUCCUUACUUGUCUCCCUCAACAACUGGACCUCGAAUUCUGCAGGGUGUCAAUUAUGCUUCAGGUGGAGGUGGAAUUCUUAAUGACACAGGAAAAAUAUUUGUGGGUCGAAUAAACUUGGAUGCACAGAUAGAUAACUUUGCUAAUACCAGGCAAGACAUUGUCUCCAGGAUUGGCCUUCCUGCAGCUCUGAAGCUAUUCAGCAGGGCUCUCUUCUCUGUAACAAUGGGCUCCAACGAUUUCAUCAACAACUACUUGGCGCCGGUUAUCUCAAUUCCUGAGCAGAAAUUGAUAUCUCCAGAAGUGUUUGUGGCCAUUUUGAUUUCAAAAUACAGGCUGCAACUUACAAGGCUGUACAAUUUGGGUGCGAAGAAAAUUAUUGUGGCAAAUGUAGGACCUAUUGGGUGCAUACCUUUCGAGAGGGAAACAACUCUAGCUGCAGGAGAUUUCUGCGUUGAAAAACCGAAUCAGUUAGCACGAUUGUUCAACAUCCAAUUGAAGAGCCUUGUGAAGGAGCUUAGCACCAAUCUUGAGGGGUCCAAAUUUGUUUAUGCAGAUGUUUAUCGUAUCGUAGAUGACAUUAUCCAGAACCACAUAUCAUAUGGUUUUGAAUAUGCAAAUUCUGCAUGCUGCUAUGUUGCUGGGCGGUUUGGGGGUCUGAUUCCAUGCGGUCCUCCAUCCAAAGUUUGUAGGGACAGAUCCAAGUAUAUAUUCUGGGACCCCUACCAUCCAUCCGAUGCUGCUAAUGUGAUCAUAGCAAGGCGUCUCUUGUAUGGUGACACUAAUGAUAUUUCACCAAUGAAUGUUGUGCAACUUUAUCAAUCUUAAUCUUGUAAAGCAUGCCCAGAAGAGCCUGCUAACUAUUGAUUAGGGGUACCGUAAUAAGCUUUCAUUAUGCCUUUAUUUAACCAAAAACCAUUCAAGGCUUUUGAAUUUCAUUACAGCCUUUUUUCAUUUAGUAACCUGAACAAAUAAACAAGGUGUUGAGUCCUCAACUAGCUAUUAGUCUAGUAUUACUUCUCUUCCCUAUGUUGAAAGAGAUCACGAGUUCAAAUUUCCUCUUUUCUUGUAACCUUUAAAAUCUAUGGCAUAUCAAUCA